AUGAUUCGUAUUGUAAUCAUUGGAGGUGGUGCAGCUGGAAUUAAUACAUUACAGGCACUUAUCAAGAAUAUUAAACCAUCUGAUAAGACUGAAAUUGUUCUUCUUGAAAAGAAUUCCUACUAUUACCAUGUUGUAGGUGCUCCUCGAGCUCUUGUAGAUGCUGCUUACACGAAGAAAAUGUUUAUUCCAUAUGACAAUGUCAUUCCCAAAGACGCAGUUAAUUUUGCACGUAUCAUACGUGGAGUAGCAAUAAAAAUAUCAAUUGACUCAAAUGAGGUGUCGUAUCAAGCGAUUGAUACUGACGAGAAAGAAAAAGGGGUAUUGGAAAAACUGUCAUUUGAUUAUCUCGUCCUAGCAACGGGAAGUGUCUAUUCAGUACCAAUGAAACCUAAUCGUCAACAUUCUACUCGUUUCGCUAUGGAAAUGAAAUUACAAGAAGUUCGUCAUCAUCUUGAACAAGCAGAAAAAAUUGUGAUUAUUGGUGGAGGAGCUGUGGGCUGUGAAGUGGCGGCUGAGAUCAAGUGCAAGUACCCGAACAAAUUCGUAACAAUUGUUGAUGCAAACGAGAAACUCGUUUCUGGCAACAAUCUCUGUGACAAGUUUUACGUCAAGUUGAAUGAGUCGCUUGAAAAACUUGGUGUCCAAGUGAUUUUAGGCGAACGUUUGACGAAACGGUUGAAUGGCAAUAGUUUUGACAAAUGUAUAUUGCAUACGGACAAGGGCACCGAGAUUGAGUCGGAUAUUCAGCUUCUUUGCGGUGGGUUUAGCCCCGUUGCUACUCUAGUGCAGGAGAUGGAUGCAUCUCUAGUGACGGAGCGUGGUGCUGUCAAGGUGAACAGUCAAUUGCAGUUGGAAGGUGAGAAAUAUGGUCACGUUUUCGCUUUAGGCGAUAUGUGCAACCACCCAGCCCCGAAAAUGGCUUUCAUUGCUGGAGAACAGGGUAAGUUCCUAGCUAAUGAGUUGGCUGCUGUAAUUCACAAGAAACAACCAGGAUUUACGAAUUCAUUCGAGGUACCAGCGGUUGCCGCGACAAUCUUGCCAUUAGGCCCAUCCGGAGGUGUGUCACAAUUGCCCGUAUGUGGUGGCAUCGUUGUCGGUGACUGGUUCACGUGGCUAUUGAAGUCAAGGGACUAUUUUGCUGGCCGCAUUUGGGCGAGUAUCGGUGCGACCGUCCCGAACUGA